CAUAGGAAUCAGCUCAAUCAAAACGGGCUGCCUGGAAUUUCUACCGCAGUUCUACAGACUUCUCUAGCUGCGUGGGAACACCCUCUGAAUAUAAGACACCUCCCUCUCCAGCGUUUUGUACUGUACUGGACUUUUCUUUCUAAGAAACAUUGCAGACAAAGGUCUUGUGAGUCCAAACUUAAGCAGUAUCUCUGCUCGAUAGGACAGUGUGCAUAAACGUUUUCAAAAACUGCUUUCCAGAGUUCAAAAACAUGACUCAAAACAUACGAGCUGUUGUGAAAGGUCCGGGGCCAUGGGGAUUCAGACUGGUUGGAGGGAAGGAUUUCGAGCAGCCUUUAACGAUUUCUCGGGUAACCCCUGGCAGCAAGGCAGCACAAGCUAACCUGUGCGUAGGAGACAUGAUAACAGCCAUCGAUGGAGAAAAAACUGAGCACAUGACUCACUUGGAGGCCCAGAACAAGAUCAAAGGCUGUAUAGAGGAGAUGGUUCUUACACUGAACAGGUCUGAAACCAAACUGUGGUCCCCUAUGGUGGGUGAUGAAGGAAAGACCAACCCAUACAAGAUGAACCUAUCAUCUGAACCACAGAGACCCACCCAUUUCCAACAUGCUUUCAGUCUGACCCACCAGCCCUUAAAAACAUCUUCAUGUCAAAGCAGCCCUCUUUCCCCCACGUGGGGGUACAAAGCUCCCUUUGCUUCUGUCUACGCUCCUCACAAGCCAUGCUCCUCCUCCUCCUCCUCCUUCUCCGCCCCCCCUGUCCUGCAGAGGCGGCACAGCACGUCUUCCAUCAGCAGCCAAGUGCGCGUGGGCCCCGGAGAGCUGAAGCAGACGGCUCGCUACUGCCCCAACAGCCCUGUGGAGGUGGAGGUGCCAGGACUCAAAGUCUUACAUGUGCAGUUUAACUCCCCUUUACAGCUCUAUUCACAGGCCAACAUUAUGGAUACGUUACAGGGCCAGAUCUCCACAGUUAACCCUGAUCUUGUCAGUAUAGAAUCCCAGAAACCGACAGCUAAACUAGCAAUAGACACAGAGUCAGAGGUUUACAAAAUGCUGCAGGAGAAUCAGGCGCUUGUGGAGCCUCCCAGACAGUCAGCCUCCUUCAAAGUCCUGCAGGAGAUCCUGGAAACUGAUGGGGAUGUGGAUAAACCAUCAGGAUUCAGAAGUGUAAGAGCUCCUGCAACAAAGAUAGGCUCCACUGCUGGGCAUAUUGAAAAGCUGCCCACCUGUGAUCAGUGUGGAUCAGGCAUUGUGGGAGUGGUUGUUAAGCUGAGGGACAAGUUCCGUCACCCCGAAUGCUACACCUGUACCGACUGCGGCAUUAACCUGAAGCAGAAGGGACACUUCUUUGUGGAAGACAAGAUCUACUGUGAGAAGCACGCCAGGGAGCGGGUCACCCCCCCGGAAGGGUACGACGUGGUCACCGUAUUCCCAAAAUAAACCGUCUCACUCGAGUUUGCUAAACACAAGCAUGUCACAUUGGAAAAUGAGCAUUUAUCAUUUUUUAGUUCAAUUACAAAAAAUACAUACAAUUGACUGAAGUAUGAGAUUUUGAUUGGCCUCCUUGUUUUGUGGAGUGGUUUAUCAAUACACUGGGUUGUGUACUAAAGAUUGGAUAUGUGUUGAUUGUACCUUUUUGUUUGAGUAAGUGGCCCAUAUAAUUAAUGUGCGCUAAAAUAAACUGCUCAACAUG